AUGGGCAGCGGGCCUUCUCGAGGACGCGUAUUCCUCACGUUCUGGUUCCUGAAGCUCUUCCCUGCGCCGCUUCUGCUCACUUGGUGGCAACUCACUUGCUCUCUCCUGUGCGCGUUCGUCCUCGGCGAGUUCGGCGACGCGUUCCACAACUUCCGCUAUUUCCCCCGUCUCCGCUGGCCCGACUUCCAGGCGCUCCUCGGCUACCUGCCGUACUCCGUGUCCUACUGUCUCUUUGUGCUCUUUUCGAACGUCCUCGUGGCGCACCUUCCGAACCCGCUCUACCUGCCUGUCGUCUCGGCCGUUGCCGUCGGAACCACGCAGCUUUUUUACUUCUUCGGCUGUUCCAGCGCGCACUGGCCCUCGCCGCUCCGCUGCGUGUCCACGUGUCUCCUCGUGGGGCCGUCCCUCCUGUGCUGCGCAGUCUGCGGCUCGACGUUCUUCUUCUACGCCCUCCUCUCGACGCUCGCCACCGUCCUCUUCCGCGCGUGCUUCCUACCCAAAGCGCUCCACACCCCCUGCGGCCACGGCGCGGAACUGAACUUUUACCAGAACCUCUCGGGCGCACUCCUGCUGCUGCCUUCGCUGGUCGCCGGCGGCCUCCCACCCACGCUCUCCUUCUCCCCCUUCUCGCUCGAGUGGCGAAACUGGCAACUCGCCGGCUGCUGGAUCACCGUCGCGUUCCUCUCUUUCCUCCGAAACGUCGUGGGCAACCGGCUGAUGCGCGACGGCGGCGCCGACGUCUGGCGAGCAGCGGAGAUCCUCGCGCUCCUUCUGGUGGGGGCUGCUUCGUGCUGGCUCUUGCCGUUCCCGGGUUUCGCGGUCGCCGCAACCUACGCCUUCGUCUUGGCUGGGCGCCUCCUGGGAGGUCUUGACAGCCUCGCCGACGAAGAACGACGCGGCCAGCUCCGGCGCGCGCUGAUCCGCGAGUCGCCGGACGCACACGACUCCAAGAACUUAACUGACGAGCCGGUUCUCUUUGUUCACGCCGAUGGCCCCGCGACGUCCUUCGCGCAGGGUUCCCCGUCGGACAUAUGGCCCGACGACGAGGACAAGGAAGUCUUUGCUGAACGCCGCGCACAGCUGAUGGACAUUGUGCACGCCUAUGUGACGCGCCUCCACCACGAAGACCUCGACCUGAUCGACGAAAUGGGAGGCAUCCGAGCCAUCUCGCAGAGCGUCGGAUCCGACGUCGGCGAAGGCCUGCCGAUUCUCAAGCGGCACGACUCUUCCCUGCGCGGUUCCUUCGACAGCGAACGUAGCGGCAGAGAAGGGUCGGUGCGCCGCGGCGAGUCUGCGGUGUCUCGGACCUUGGGCGUGCUCCACUCGCUCGGCUCUGCGAGCGGCCUCGUUCUCGGCCACCACGGCGAACGGCGCCGCGAAGGCAGCGAGGAAGACGGUCCUUUGAUUGGCGGGCUGACGAGCCGACAGUGGUGGAUCGGCCGGCUGCUCCGGCGGAGCACCGGCUCCGAGCACGACGACCUCGUCCGAACCCAGCAGCGCCGGUACGGCGUCAACCGCAUCCCCCACCGACCGCUGACCUCGUUCUGGACGCUGCUGAUUGAGGCGGCGAGCGACGCGACUCUCCGGGUUCUGAUGUUCUGCGGACUCCUCUCGGUCAUCCUAGCGUUGCUCUUUUCGCAGGAGCCGGAGGUCGAGAUCCUCGAGGGCGUGGCGAUUUGGGUGGCGGUGCUCGUCGUCGUCGUGGUGACGGCUGGGAACGACUGGAUGAAGGAGCAGCAGUUUGCGCAGCUGUCCGUCGUGAAGGACGACAAAAAGUGCACGGUGAUUCGGAGUGGCCAGAAGGAACAAAUCUCGGUUUUCCAGCUCGUCGUCGGCGACUUGCUCCACCUGGAGGCCGGCGACGAAAUCCCCGCGGACGCCCUCGUCGUCCAGGCUCGCGACCUGACCGUGGACGAAAGUUCGUUGACUGGCGAGAGCGAUAUGAUUCGAAAGGCGCCUUUCCAGCAGUGCCUGAGCGAAGUUGGAGCGCAGGAGGCAGUCUCGCCUCGCGCGCGAGACAGUCAGGACUUCAGCGCAGCCGGAGACGAUCUGCUAGAGCGGGUCAAAGAGCCGGAGCACGAGGCCGAGGCCUCCACGCAGGCCGACAACACCGUCCCGCCGUGCAGCUUGCCGCUGACGCACCCCAUGUCGACAGCGAGUGGCGUCUCCGACGGUCCCAAGGCCGAAGGCGCGCUGUACGUCCAGUCCGAGCUCGCGCGACACCACGAGGUCGCCUCCCCGGUUCUCCUCUCCGGGACCACUCUCAGCACGGGAAGCGGAACUGCUCUCGUCGUGGCGGUAGGCCGCUAUUCGCAGGUGGGACAGAUGUUCCAGAAGCUGGCGUACGACGCCGAGCCGACGCCGCUGCAGCGGAAACUGAACGCGCUUGCGGAAGACAUUGGGAACUUUGGCCUGAUCAGCGCCGUGGUUGCCUUCUUCGUCCUGCUCCUGGAGUUCUGGACCAUGUACUUCUUCCAGGAUCCGGCGACGCGCGAGUCGGCCCUCGACGUCGUCCACGAUCACGUGGAGUUCUUUGUCACCGCCAUCACCAUGCUCGUCGUCGCCGUUCCCGAGGGCUUGCCGCUCGCCGUGACGAUUUCCCUCGCGUACUCGAUCGGCCAGAUGCUGAAGGACCAGAACUACGUUCGGCGCUUGGCGGCCUGCGAAAUCAUGGGCGGCGCGAACGAGAUCUGCAGCGACAAGACGGGCACACUCACGAAGAACCAAAUGACAGUCACGCAGUUCUGGGACGGAGAAAAAACCGUCGUCAUUCCCUCGACGCGCUCCGCCGCCCGUGCCGCCGCAGCUGGAGACGCCUCCCGCAGGCCUGCUGCAGGCGCGGCUUUCUCUGGAGGCGGAGGCGAGGUCGAGCUCGCCCUCAACUCCACGACCCGCUCAGACAACUCGAGACCCCCCAGUGGGUACAUGCCGCUGACUGCCACGUCUACGACGGCGUCUUCCGCGUCGCCUCAUUCGGCCAAGGCCGUCGAGGGCGGCUCGUGGGAGGAGCAAGUCGACUGCGAGGCGUUGCUUCAGCUGCAAGAGGAAAACACCAAGUGGGAACUUCUGAUGCAGGCGAUUGCGUUGAACAGCACGGCGUUUCUCGAGCCCGAAGACGUGGUCGUCGCGGAAGGCACCGACGAAGAAACGACGGUCACGAACGUCAAGCACGUCGGGUCGCCGACCGAAUGCGCUCUCCUCGCGUUCCAGGAUCAACACUGCGGCGGCGACUACGCGUCGACUCGGCGGCGGUUUCUGGGCGAGGACGAAGUGCAACUCAUCGCCCGGGAGGACUUCUCGAGCGACCGGAAAAUGAUGACUUCCGUCGUGCGUGUCCCUCGAGACGGAGACGCGGGGUCGCCGUGCAUUCUCCGCGUGUUUGUCAAGGGCGCCGGCGAGCGCGUCCUCGCGCAGUGCUCGUCCGUCGCGUUGAGUUCCGGGGCGAUCGAGCCUUUGACGGCUGCGAAGAAGGCCGAGAUCGAGAAGACCGUCGUCAAUGCCAUGGCGUCGGAGGCGCUGCGCACCAUUUGUCUCGCGUUUCGCGACAUUGACCCCGAAGUCGAGUCUGACUGGCGCGAGCGAUGUGAGCCGCCGCUCCAGUGCUGCCUGAAGGCGGAGACGAACUUGACGUGCCUGGGGAUUGCUGGAAUCGAAGACCCGGUUCGCGACGAGGUGCCGGGCGCUGUGGCGCAGUGUCAAGGGGCGGGCAUCAAGGUCCGGAUGGUAACGGGAGACAACAUCAUCACGGCGAAGUCGAUCGCGAAACGCUGCGGAAUCUUCCACGAGGACGCGGGCGGGAUCGCCAUGCUUGGCCCGGACUUCACCCGGGCCAUCGGCGGCGUCGUCUGUCAGGCGUGUCAGACGGAAGUCUGCGCCUGUGCGACUGACACCAAGACUGCGGAGGAGCAAAACCGGCCGCUGCGAGUCGACGUCGUGCGCGACAUUGACGCCUUCGACAAGAUCUGGAGUCGCCUCGAAGUUCUCGCGCGGUCCCAGCCGAGCGACAAGUACGCACUGGUCACGGCUCUGAAGCAGAAGGGCCGGGUUGUCGCAGUCACGGGCGACGGCACGAACGACGCGCCGGCGCUGAAAAAAGCCGACGUGGGCUUUGCCAUGGGGCUCUCCGGCAAGGAAGUUGCGAAGCAGGCGGCAGACAUUGUGAUGCUCGACGACAACUUCACCUGCAUCGUGAAGGCCGUUCGCUGGGGCCGCAACGUGUACGACAACAUCCGGCGCUUCUUGCAGUUCCAGCUGACUGUAAACGUCGUCGCUGUCGUGCUGACUGUCGUCUGCGCGGCAGUCGAGCGCGAGGCGCCGCUCUCCGCUGUCCAGAUGCUCUGGGUGAACCUGAUCAUGGACUCCUUCGCCUCGCUCGCCCUCGCGACCGAGAGCCCCACCGACGAUCUCCUCAACCGGAAGCCCCAGGGCCGAGACAGCUAUCUGAUUUCCAGAACCAUGCUCACGAGCAUCGUCGCCUCUGCGAUAUACCAGCUGACGGUCAUGAUCGGCCUCAUCUUCUGGGGCGAACGCUUCCUGCCCGAAACCAAAUGGUCCUUCCUCACUGACGAAGAGCGCAAGACGCUCGGAUUCUGCGAAUUCUCCGACUGCGACUUCGCCACUUACACAGGCACGCGCAUGGUCUCUGGCCGCCGGUACAAAUUGUUUUCGACCGAAGACGACUACAAACUGGACUGGCUGCGGGAAGUCGGGCCUUCGCGGCACGGGACGUUCGUCUUCAACACGUUUGUCUUUAUGCAAAUCUUCAACAUGAUCAACGCGCGAGACGUCGACGACACCCAGAUCGAGAAAACCAGUCUCGCCGCGUCUAUUCUCGGGAUGAUGCGGAACCGUCUCGGACUCGGCAUCUGGGUCCUCAUUCUCGUCGGCCAGGUGCUCAUGACCGAAUGCGGCGGCAGGCUUCUGGGCUGCAAUCAAGAGGGUCUGAACCGCGAGCAGUGGAUCUUGAGUCUGUUGAUUGGUCUCGGCGGUUUGCUCUGGGGGCGGCUGCCACGCGUUUUUCCAUGGCUGUACCAGAUUGCUCCCGAACUCGGAAGUCGCGAGGAGAUGCUCGAGGAGACACACAGCAUCGCCCUCGAGCUGCGUGGCCGAACGCCCGGCCGGAUCAACGAGAGACUCGGACUCGCGAGUUACACGUUUGCGAAGAAGUACGCGAAGAAGGCGCGCCUGAUGACUCUCUCCCGCCUCCGGUCCCGGCGCCUCGAAGGCGGGAGAGAAGGCCGGAGCAAAGGCAUCUCUUCCUUUUCGACGCUUGCCAGGAGAGGUCUCGCGCCUGGCAGAGGCGAGGGAGCCCGUGGAAGUCCGCGCCAGCAUCGAUCGGGCGGCUCGAGCCCGCGGGGGGCAGGCUGCCUCGUCGAGAUGCGAUGA